AUGGAUGUUGUUGAGACUUGUGGAAAGGAAACUCUUUCUUCUGGAGAGCCUUCCAACAAACGCAGCAUUCCAUCAAUUGAUGAUGAUGAAAUCAUCGGCUUUGAGGAUGAUGCAGAAAUUAUAAUGAAGAAAUUGACCGGAAGAACAAAGGAGUUGGACGUCCUCUCAAUCUUUGGAAUGCCAGGACUCGGAAAAACAUCUUUGGCCAGGAAAGUGUACAACAAUCCUUCUAUUGUUAAUCACUUUGAUGUUAAAGUAUGGUGUGCUGUGUCUCAAGCAUAUAAUAGGACGACGUUGUUGGUUGAGAUUUUCAAACAAGCUAAUAAUAAAAAGUGCAAAAUCAAGGAGAAUGAUAACGUAGCUGACAUGUUGCGCAAGAUUCUGAUAGGCAAGAGAUACCUCAUCGUGUUAGAUGAUAUAUGGGAAGUUGAGGCAUGGGAGGAUUUGAGAUUAUGUUUCCCUAGAGGUGAAAACGGAUGCAGAAUAAUGGUAACAACUAGAAUUGAACAAGUUGCUAAGCAUCUCCAGCACUGCAGUGAUCCUUAUUCUCUUCGAUUUCUAACAAUGGAAGAGAGUUGGGUAUUAUUGCAGAAGAAAGUGUUUCGAGGAGAGAAUUGUCCCUCAAAUCUAGUGGAAGCAGGGUUACAAAUUGCCCAACACUGUAAGGGAUUGCCUCUUGUGGUUGUUCUGAUUGCUGGAAUGAUUGCAAAAAUGGGAAGGGAGGCGUCCUUGUGGCUCGAGGUUGCAAAUGACUUAAGUUCCUUUGUUUUAGGAGAGCAGAGUAUGAAGGUAAUACAAUCAAGCUAUGACCAUUUAGAAAACCACUUAAAGCAUUGCCUUCUUUACAUGGGAUUGUUUGCAGAGGACCAUGAGAUUGCAGUGGAUGAUCUGCUGAAGUUGUGGAUAGCUGAAGAGUUUGUAUUGAAUGCUGAAACAGAGAACAUGGAGGAAGCAUCUAGAGUUUGCUUGAACGAUCUACUUAAUAGAAGCCUUGUAAUGGUCUCUAAAAAGAAAAUCAAUGGUGACAUAGAUAGUUGUAUACUUCAUGAUGUAGUGCGUGAGUUUUGCUUGAGAAAACUUGAAGAAGAAAAGUUUAUGCAGCUCACAGUGCCAUACAGUCCAUAUCAGCAUUUAAGUUCUAUGAAUUCACGGUUAUGCAUUUAUAUUCAUGAUGAUCUUGUUGAAGAAUUAGAUCAUUGUGACUAUCAGUUUGAUAAGAUUCCAAUGCUCGAGUCUAAGGAAAGUACAAAGUGUUUUGGUGAAUGUUCUAGAUCCUUGGAGUUCAUUGCUCAUCCAAAUUUCAACUCAGGGAACAUAUCAAAUCUUUUACCUUUACUUGUUAAGUUAAGACUUGUUCGGGUGUUGCAUUUUCUUUAUGAGGAUCUGCCAAGUUCUUGGCCUACCGCAGUACAAUCCCUGACUCACUUGAGGUACCUUGAAAUUUCUGUUGAAGAAUUUGAUUUCGAGUGGAUAUCUCACCUGUUGGAUCUUCAAACACUAGUGGUUCGUCCAUCUAAAUUUAUAAGGACUUCGCCUGCAACUAUCUGGAAAAUGAAGAAGCUAAGGCAUUUGAAUGUAAAGAAACUUUCCUUGGUAUGGGAUGACAAUGAUAAAGCAAUUUUUGAAGAAACUUCAACAACUAUGCUAGAGAACUUGAAGACAUUACACACUCAUCGUAUAACUGUGGAUGAUAUGAAUCCAAGGUUUUGGUGGAGAUUUGCGAAUCUUGAAGAACUCAGCCUCCGUGUUGAAGCUUUACCUAGUUGUCCUUUGUUUCCCUCAGUGGAAGUUCAUACUCGUCUUCAAUCUCUUAAUCUGGUCAUAAGCCCUCUGGGAUUCUUUGAUUCAGUUGGUUGGGAGAGCUACUUUGUCUUCCCUUCAAAUCUUAGGCAUUUGUACAUUGGAGGUUGUUUCUUAACGAAAGAAAUGAUUCUAAACAUUGCAAGAUUGAAGAAGCUUCAAAGUCUCACAUUAUACGGGGGAUUUUUACCAUGGAAAUCGGAGAACACUUGUUGGGACGCCACAAGUGUCGAGUUCCCUGCACUGAAAUACUUGGCAUUAGACUCUGUGAGGAUGGAAGAAUGGAAAGCUUCAGAGGAAUCCUUUCCCGUGCUUGAGGAACUAUCUAUAAGAACUGGUUACUACUACAAGGAGAUCCCUCCGAGCUUGGCAGAUAUUCCAACACUGCGACUUAUUGAACUGUAUGACUACACCGACUCUCUUGGGGUUUCAGCUAUGAAUAUCAAAAAAGAAAUCGAAGAAAACACAGGAUGUGACAGUCUCCAAGUUCUUUUAUUGUCCUAGAUCGAUACACAUAGCAUAGGUAGAGUCAUAGACAUUCUCAUUCUCAUUCUCAUUCUCAAUCCAAAUAAGUAUUCAACUAAA